AUGGAAUCUGCGAUAACGGAAGCACGUGCAUGGGCUGCGGCCCAAACGGUAACUGAAGAGUGCACUUCGAUAUCUCCACACAUCCCGGCCCGUCCUGUUGGACUGUGCUCAGUUGGUGAGAUGGUGUCCAAACCGGCAGAGUGGCCAGCUUUUGAGAUUUUGCUUGAAGAAAUGGAGAAAUGCAGAAGGAUGUUCCAGGCGUUCUCCCUUACACACAUCCCCAGAUCACAAAACACGAAGGCAGACAAGCUAGCACGGAGUGCUCGAGCUCAGCCUCAUAAUGUGUACUACAUCAACUCAAUUCCACCAACAUCGCUCCCCGAGCCGUUGUAG